AUGAAUGGAGGAUCUCGACCUGUUGCACUUCGAACUUCUGAUGGUUUCGAAAAAUUUGAUUUAGAUGACCCGGAAGAUGAUCCGUGGGCCGAAGAAUUGGGCUGGUUCCCCUCGGAAUAUGAGUUGGAGAAGGAUAUAACCAAUUCGGAACCGUUGAGGCUCUUGCUUAUCGAGUUGAGAAGAUCUGAAAGCAAAGAACUUAUUAUAUUGUAG